AUGUCUGCCAAUGGCACCGAAUCCCCUAUUCCGGAAUCCAAUUUGAGUGUAGAAAUGCAAAACAAGGUUAUUGUUGAUGCGCUAUACAAGGGCCUAUCAAAUGGUCACACGGGGACAGUGGCCAAACUCAUAGCUAGUGACCUAGAAUGGUGGUUCCAUGGACCUCCACAAUGCCAGCACAUGAUGAGAAUGCUCACCGGGGAGUCCAGCCACACCAAGUUCAGGUUCGAGCCAAGAAGCAUCGAAGUCAUUGGUGAUUGUGUGAUUGUAGAGGGCUGGGAAGGUGCACAAGUUUACUGGGUGCAUGUAUGGACCUUGAAAGAUGGUGUGGUCACACGAUUUAGAGAGUACUUCAAUACAUGGCUCACCGUGAAGGAUAUUAGCCCACAUGGUUGGGAAAUCAGACAUGAGAACACCACCUUGUGGCAGAGCCACCCCAAAGACGUUUUUAACCGCUCACUGCCUGGCCUGAUUCUGGGAAUUUAG